CGCUUGAAAGACAUCAACUUUCAUCCUAACGGCGACCAAGAAGAGCGUGGCUUUUUGGGCAAAAGGGCACAGGCAAUUGGACUCGGCGUUUACUCGGUCUUCGUGAACGUUCGCUCAUUGCACUUCCUCCACCAUUGAACACUCCGGCACUUCAUGACCCUCCUUGACAAAGUCCUCUGCCGUCCCUGCAUCUUCUGCAACAUAGUCGAGGGUGUCCUCCCCGAAAAGCUGAUCUACAAGGACAAUGAAAUUGCGGCCUUCGACGAUAUCAACCCUGCGGCGGAGACACACAUCCUGAUUGUGCCCGUAGCCCACAUUGAGAGCGUCAAGACCAUCACCACAGAACACGCUGGCUUACUCGAAAAGAUGCGGCAAAAAGGAGAGGAGCUGCUUAAAGAACGUGGACAUGAACCCGAAGCAUCCAAACUAGGAUUCCAUGUCCCUCCAUUCAACACCGUCGACCAUUUGCACUUACACGUUCUCGGAGGCGCCAUGAAAUCCAAGUUCAGGAAACUCAAGUACGAAACUGGCAGGAUGUGGUACAUGGACUUGCACCAGCUACAGGCUGAUCUCGACAAGAAGCGGAGGGUUCAGGGAGGCGCUCGACUUUGAACAUGGCCUGACAGCAUCAUUGAGGAGGAGCCCAUGAAUUAAUAUACCAUAGACUAGCUAGAAAGAACGACUCUUUGCGCCUCCAUUAUGGAGUCUUAAAACAAGGUAAAUAAAAUAAGCUGAAAGCAUU